CUUUUUAGUUACUGUAUACAUUACUACAUAUGUAUGUAUCUAAAUAUUUUGCGUUCCAGUGUCGUGCAUCUGUUAUAUGUUAUGCAGUGUAAUAAUCCGUGGAAUAGUUUAAUUGCCGGACUGUAAAAAUAAGUAUGGCGUGAUUACAGUAUAAUGAUGUACAAUAUGGCAUCACUCCUGACAUGCAAUUUGUAAAAUAAGUGUAUAAAUUUUCGUGACCAAUAAACUAUGUAAUUCAAUUGAAAGACAUACAAAUAUUAAUAAAAACCUAUGAAUUCGUAAGAAAAUUGCGAUCUCUAAAUAAGUGCAGUUAUCAAUUUGACAACACCUAACAAAUAUUGGUGGUUGUUUGUGUAUCAAAUUUCCAGUGCUACUAAUUUUCUCUACACCGUUCUUUUGUUUUGAUGAAUCUCGCAAUAUACUCGUUCGUAUUUGUUGUAUGUUCAUAUUGGAAAACAAAGCUUUGCAAAAAAGGGCAAUCAAAUUAAGUCGAUAAAAUUAUAGCUCAAACGAAAUAUAAAUUCCAAAAAUGUGUGAAAAUAAAUUGGCAUUGACAAAAAUUAUCAUAAAGUAGCUGUACAUCGAAAAAAGGAGCAGUUUGCGAGUAAAAAGCUAAGCAGAGAAUUAUAUUAUGGAAUGGAAUAUAAGAAGGUGGAGAAAUGCCAUAGGAGAGAAGAAAUAAGACAAAGUAAUAAUAAUUCAAAUUUAUUAAAUGAAAGAAGCGGAAAAUGUCAUAUUUCCAAAACAACAGAUUCAAAAGUUCAGACAGUACAGGAUUGCUCAAAGAUCACAAAUAUUGAAGCCAGUGGAGAACCAAAACUAAAUACAGAAGAGUUUAAUUUAAAGCAUAAUGGCAACGAAAUUAUUUUAUCGAAUGAUUCCUCUCCAAAUGAAGUAGUCAAAGAUUCGAAUUUUGAAUAUGAGGACGAAUGGGACAUUGGCGGUAUACCUGAGCUAUUGAAUGAAUUAGACGCAGAUAUAGAAAAUUCACUAAAAAAUAUCCAAUGUUCCAAAUUUGAUGGCAUAAAAUCUGCAAUUAACAAAAAAGACAUUAAACCAAUACAAUCAAAAUACUGCGACAAAGAAAAAGUAUCAAACAAUUUAAGUUCCAAUGAAAAUACUCAAUCACUAAAAUUUUCGAAGCACAAAAUUACAUUUGAAAGAAAUAUUUCGAAGUCCUUAAGCUUAACACCCAUUUGCUGUGCAGCAUCAACUUUUGCAGGAUUUUCAAAGGGCGGACAUCUUAUUUCAACCUCUUCUAAUUCAUUUUCCCUAUACUCUACAAAGUUUAAUGAUAAUAGUGAUCAGCAAUUUAAACCAACGAAAUAUUUAGAAGAAAAAGACUGCACAAUCAGCAUGUCAUCUCAAGCCGGAAAUAAUGGUAAUACUAGUAGUAAUGUAAGUGGAGCGGGAGUAAAUAACAUAAACAGCAGUCAGAGCAUUUCUUGCUCUAGUAACAGUAACAAGUUAAACAAUAAAAUGUCAAUAGACCAUCAAGCUACACUUGACAAGGGUUUAAAAAUGAAAAUAAAACGUACAAAACCGGGCACAAAAAGCUCAGAAGCAAAACACGAAAUUGUCAAAGCAACAGAGCAACAACAAAAUGGAUUGGUAGGUAGUGGAACCAACGUCUGUCCUACAAACCAAGAAGAUAAUACUUGCGUACUAUCAGUAUCAAACCCAUCGACAUCAUCUAAUUCUCAAAAUUCGAAUGUAGUAAUGGGAAUUUGUAAUUCCCAAGGUAAUUCAAAUCCCACUGGAAACAAGAAAAAUGUGGGAAAUGGUAAUAACCAAAAUAAUUUAUCAACGAGUAAUAAUAGUGGAAACAUUUCUCUAAAUAAUACAGGUUCUACAAAUAAUAAUAUUUCCCAAACAACAUUACAAGGAACAAAACGGGGAAGUUCCGGUCACCGACGAGAUAAAGCAAAGGAAAAGUCUUCACAUUCCAAUCGAAUAGGAAUUGAAAAAAAUCCUUCUAUUACCAACGAUAAGGAAUCUAUGGAAAAGCCUGUAUGUCAUUGUGGUGGAUCAGAAUGUAAUGCUUCCACAUGUUCUAAUACAUGUAUUCGAAAGACUGAAAAUAAUACGCUUAGUCAACGUCUAUCAACCCAAAAUACUAGCGGCAAUACUUCGACAGUGCCACCUGGUGUAUUUACACCUUCAGCUGAUACUUCAAGUUCAACAGCAGUGUCGACUAUCUUAUCUGUUACUACUGCUAUAAGUACACCUGUUUCUACGCAAACGAUAUCGUGUAGUGGUAACGCCAAUGCUCCUGGACCUCCGUGUAAAGAGGCUUCUACUAACAAUGGAGGCAAUAUAAAAAUUUCUUCGCAUAUUGCAGCACAAUUGGCAGCUGUUGCAGCUUCAAAUAAUUCUACUAAUGGAUCAUGUAUAACUGCUUCUACAUUUCCAGAUACCGAUAUGAAAUCAUCGUCAUCUAAUGUUCAAAACCAAAUAGUAAAACAUGUAGCACCAGGUCUAAUUUCAGCUACAGUUCACCGUACACACUCUGCAACAAAUUCAAAUAACAAGACUUUGCCGGUAGAAAAUUCAAUGGCCACAUCUACAUCGGCGACCGAAAAUUCAGAAUCUCCACCGGCUAAACGCGUAAAACAGUCUGACAGCGAUGCAACAUCGUCUUCAAUAAAUAAGGAAAUGGUUGACAUAUGCAUAGGUACAUCUGUUGGUACUAUUACUGAACCAGAUUGCCUAGGGCCUUGUGAACCGGGUACUUCAGUAACACUAGAAGGAAUAGUGUGGCAUGAAACCGAAGGCGGCGUACUUGUUGUCAAUGUAACUUGGCGUGGUAAAACAUAUGUUGGAACAUUACUGGAUUGCACUCGACAUGAUUGGGCUCCUCCAAGAUUUUGUGACUCUCCAACCGAAGAUUUAGAUGCCCGCACUUCUAAAGGUCGCGGAAAACGAGGACGUGCUGCAAUUACACCCGACUUAAGUAAUUUUACAGAAACAAGGAGUUCGAUAUAUUUCUCGCACUCACACGUACACUCUAAACUUAGAAAUGGUUCAGCAAAAGGCGGUCGAGGAACUUCACGCACAAGUAGUGGAACAUCCGCUGAUAAAGCUAAUAGUGGUUCAUCUCAUUCAUCAGGAAAUAGUGGUUCAACACCAAGUACUUCACCAACGGCAUUUUUACCGCCGCGUGCAGAAAAAAGAAAGUCUAAGGAUGAAUCUCCACCGCCAGUAAGUGGUGAUAACGAAGCUGUAAGCAGUGGCAUGGUAAAUGCAAGUGGUAUUCCUAUUUCUUCAAACAGUAUUUGCGGUUUAACAAAUCAACCACAAAGUUUAAUAAAUCCUGUAACAGGACUUAACGUUCAAAUAAGCACAAAAAAAUGUAAAACUUCUUCGCCAUGUGCAAUAUCACCUGUUUUACUUGAAUGCCCGGAACAAGAUUGUAGUAAGAAGUAUAAACAUGUCAACGGUUUACGUUAUCACCAAUCUCAUGCUCAUGGUAGUGCAACUAUGCUUGACGAAGAUUCAAUGGCCGAAACCGAAGAACAUGUAACACCUCAACCUAGUCCCCUAUCAUCAACACCAACACCGUCUAUGACGCCAAACCCCUCCGAUUUAAUAUCAAAUACUCAAACGGAAAUAUCUUCCCAAUCAGCAAUAGCACAGCUAUCUAUUCCUGAUGAAUUGAAUACAACAAAAUUAGAUGAAGAAGAUUUAUCGCUGCAAUUGGUAAAUUCCGAAAAGAGUUCUAUUCCCGAAACAGACACAUCUUUGCCAUGUGGAGGCAUAUUACCAUCAACAGAGUCUAACAGUACAAUAACAAAUCCAACUGUUCCAACAGCGGGUGGUAGCAUUUCUGCUGGAACAUCUCACCAUGAACAACAAAAACAAUUUCUUGACUUGGUUGAAAACACCAAGAUAAAUAUGAAUACAUCCAUAUCGCUGGAAUCAAAUAACCAAGCAAUACAACAUAGUCCAACAGGAAAAUCUGGAGUUUUGCGUUUUGGACAAGGUGAGUGUAAAAAUAAUAGUUCCGGCUUGAUUCCAACUAGUAUUCCGGAUGAAAAUUUGGCUCAAAUUGAAUCACUUGAAUCUAUAAGUAACUCUACCGCUUCGCCUGAAAAAUGUAUACCUGGCCAACAAGAUUCUAAAAACGAUACGUACUGUGGUGGUGAGUCAAUAGAAAAAACAACUCAACUGCACCCAAAUCAACAAAGUAUUGCAACAAUUAAAACUGCAUUAGCAUCUUCAGCUGUAGCAAAGUCCAAGAAAGGACGGAAAUCUCCAUCUCCAAAUGAUUAUGAUGCUGUUGAAUUAAAUACAUGUAAUAUAUCAUCUAGAGACGAUGUCCAAAGUCCAGCAUAUAGUGAUAUAUCAGAUGACUCAACGCCGGUGAAUGAUCAAGAUCAUAUAGAUAAAGUAAAUGUAUCAAAAAACUCCGAUAUAAUUAAAAAACCUCAAGAUAUAGGAAUAUCUUCAACAAGCUGUCCUUCAGGUCAAAGCAACAUAUCUUCUACACUUGGUAAUUAUGGAGUAUAUCAAUUUUAUCAACAACAACAAUUUAUUGUACCAACAGCUGCUGAGCAACAGCAACCUGCUAAAAAUACCCUAAGCACAAAUAUUGGGCCAACGAUAAUUCCAUCAUCGAUGACUCAGCCACAGAGUGCUUCAGAAUUUACCACCAAAAAAGAACCUCCAUUGGACCUGAUGUCAAAGGCAAAUCAACUUCAUUCAAAUCUGCACUGCCAAGAAAUUAACAAAGAUUCUAAUCGUCCAAUGUGUGUAACUGGCAGUCAAGGCAAUAGUGAAUUAUCAAACGUACCAUCAAUUGGAUCUAGUGCCUUAACUUCCACUGCUCCUUCUAAAUCUGUUCCUCAUUUUUAUGCAUUUAACUAUAUGCCGUCUAACUAUCCUUUUAAUGUUGAUCCGAAUUAUGGAUCCGCUGUUCCGAUUACUACACUGGAUGAUAAUACCAAAACCAAUAGACUUGCUGGGAUACCAAGUCCUAAUGAUCAGUCGCAACAACAGCAUACUCCACUUUUAUAUAAAGAAGAUCGGUCCAAAGAAGAUAUAAGCUCCAUGGACAACGUGAAAUCUUCAAAUCCACAGAUCCCCUCAAAACAAUCAAUAAAAUCCGAUUCAUUGGUUAAAUCUGAGUGCAUUAAACAAGAAACAUCAUGCAUGCCGUUAACGCAAAUUCCUCAACACAUGCAGAUUCAGAGUAAAGAUCAUCAAGGAAUAGGUGUUUACACAAACAUGUAUCAACGACAUCCUUUGCAAUUGGCAUCACAGCAGCUAUCCCGUGAAGAAGAGCUCCGUAGGUAUUACAUAUUUUCCGACCAACAACGCCGCCAAAACAGUUCUUCCCAAAGUGCUAUCAAUCAGCAGGUACAAAGUGCAUCCCCUCAAUCUGUAAAUCCACAAUGUAAAGAUGAUGCAGCAACUUCACAACACCAGCAUACGGUUCAGAAUCAACAUCAGCAGCAAAUAAAAAUUAAGUCAAAUACAUCUCUUAAUAUAAGUAAAUCUGCGAAUUCUGUAAGUACAUCUAAGGAAUCACCAAAGCACAAACAGGAAGAAGAAUUAAAAGUUGUAAAACAAGAAGGCCAAAAACCCACUAUGGAAACUCAAGGCCCUCCACCACCACCAACAUCGCAAUAUUUUUUACAUCCAUCAUAUAUAACAUCAUCUCCUUUUGGGUUUGAUCCAAGUCACCCCAUGUACAGAAAUGUUCUUAUGCCAGCAUCGUCACCAUACAAUACCCCACCAUAUCACUUACAAAUGCCACGUUAUCAUGCUCCAGAAGAUCUUUCCAGAAAUACUGGAACGAAAGCGCUAGACGCACUUCAUCACGCGGCAAGUCAAUACUAUACAACUCAUAAAAUUCACGAACUUAGUGAAAGAGCGUUAAAAUCUCCUAACAACUCUAAUUCGAGUAAUGUAUCUGGAUCAAUUAAAAUAAGUGGCUCUAGUCCGAAUAUUAAUCCGGCUCAACAUACUAAUAUUGGUUCAAAUGUUAUUGGACACCACUCUGUACAAAAUCAGUCUACAAAUGUCACUCAGCUACCGCACAAUUUAGCAUCACAAACUAUAGGAAUUCCUAACAAACAAGAAGUAACCGGUCAAAAACCACAUGGAAAUGGUCCUAGUGUUACCGGUACUACCCUCAACGAACCUCAAAAAUCACAAACAGUCGUUAACUCUUCCGCUGCGUCUAGUUGCGUUAGUGGAAAUGGUACCAGCAGUAGUGGUAACAACAUCAGUAGCGGCGGUACAUCAGAUUCACGAAGUCCUCCACCUCAAAGACACGUACACACACAUCAUCACACACACGUUGGUCUAGGCUAUCCCAUGUAUCCUGCGCCGUACGGAGCUGCUGUUCUUGCCAGUCAACAAGCGGCUGCUGUAGCUGUGAUAAAUCCCUUUCCACCUGGACCAAAUAAAUAAAUAAAUAAGGAUUAAAAACAUAGUUGAAUGGAGUUCAAAGUUAAUAAAUAAAUUAAAUACCAUAAGAAUUAUAAUUACAGUGAAUAUUUGUACGUAUAUAUCUUAGAAUCGCUUUGUUUUGGCAUACCGUUUCCAAUAUGAACAAACAAAAAAAUAUUUGAAUUAACAAACAAUUUUCUAAUUUCUUACGAAAUUUGAAGACACAAAACUAAGUGAUACGCCAUGCAUAUAAAUACAUACGAGUACUUGUAAUAUUAACUUUAACACUGUAACUGUAAGAGGUAAAAAAGCAUGUCGGUUAUUUAUAUGCAUUGUGUUUAAUUGCUUGCAUAAACAUACAUAUUUAUAUAAUUCCUUAGAAUAAAAAAAUCAUUAAAAUAGUUAUUAUUUUGUAUUAGUUUCAAAAAUAAUGUUUAAGCAAUAGUAAUACAUGUAGUUUUAAAUUUUACUCUUAUUUUUAAGGAUAAUCUUGAAUAUGCAUUAAAUUCAACAUUACAUUCGUAUUUUAUUAUAAGUAUGUAUGUAUAUUAUAAGUUUAUAUUAAUUAUAAUUAUUAAAUUUUUAACAUAAAAUUAAUUUCAUCAUGAUACAAAAUUAGAUUUCACUAAAUGUACAUACCUUUUAAUUUACCUCAUAGGACCGUUGUUUAUUUUUCGCACAAAAGUCAUAUUUUAUAAAUUCAAUUCAUAAAAGUAUCCUACUUAUUUUGUACAGUCAACUAUUUUAAUGUUAAAAUGUAUUUAGUAUCAAAAUUCAGCCGUAGCAAACACAUAACCAGUUUUACACGUUCCAGAGGUUACCUCGUAAAACUAAUCAUUGAGAAAUACCACUAUGUACUAUGCGAUCGAUGAUUGGUUUCAAACCAUUAACUUAUACUAAUAACAAUUUAAUUUAAUAAAACUAAAUAUGUUUUUCAAUAAAGCUUUCAAACUUA